AUGUUCGGACCUGUGGCUUGGGAAGUGCUUGCCUUCGGAACUAUUUCUUUCGCUGUGCUUGGUUCUGGCUCUGGACUACUUUCCAGCCAGCAGGCACUGUCAACGCUUUCGAAUCAGGGCAUGUUUGCAAUCAUUGCCAUAGCUGGUUUCAUUGCAAUGAUUGGAGCAGGGCUGAACCUAGUUCCCGGACGGUCUUUGACGGUAACUACCUCCAGUAACUUUUUUGAUGCUUUCUUGGCUGUCACAAAUCCUGUUCUUGCAUAUGCAGGACACUUCAUGUUCUUUAUUCCGAUAUCUGAGAUGCGUAAACCCGAGGACGCUAGUAUGAAGUGUCUACAGAGCUUCACUACAGUAUUCUAUGUUGUUUUCAGCGUAGUCAUGUAUGUCUACAAUGGAAACACAGUCCAGUCCCUGGUUCUCUUUUCCCUUCCUCCGGUACGGGCAAAGGCAGCAUUCACCAUUGCUCUCCCAAAUUUCCUGUUCUACAAAGCUUGUGUUGUUCGAAUAUUUUGUCAUUCAGAGCACAUCCAUUCACAUACCUUACUCGGGUGGACAGUUUGGACUCUGCUGUGUUUUGCAAGCUCAGCUAUGGCUGCAAUUCUCGCCAUCGCAGUUCCAAUAUUUUCCUACCUAAUCGGCAUCACGGCAGCCCUCUUUGCCGCAUGGUACGCGUAUGGUUUGGCCGUAUUCUUCUGGUUGCAUGACACAUAUCAUCUCGAGGGUGGCAUGGACGGGCUCAAACGACGAUCAAUCGGGACAAUACUCGCAGUGUUGACUAUAAUUUCCGGCACUUUCAUCUGUGUCGCUGGGACUUAUGUGUCGAUAAAGCUCAUCGCUGAAGCCUACGCCAAUGGCCAAGUUGGGAGACCGUUCGUUUGCUAGAGGGGGUUUCAUUGUGGCGUAAUGUGUAGUCCGUGUCGAGUCCUUUAAAUUUAACUUUUAGAGCUUUUCCUAGGACA